GAUACCCCUCGUCGCGGUGAGUCGAUCGGUGAAUUGUAACUUUGUAAUUAUGUAGGUUUUAGGAAAAUUUCAGAUAAAGAAUACGUAGUUGGAUCAUGUUUGAUAGUAGAAUAGUCCAGCAACAUAUGUAAGACUAUCACCGAGCUUCUUUAGCUUUUGCAGAUGAGAUAUUGUCGAUGAUGUUGCGAGCCAAUAAUGGCUGCCAUCGAGCGGGAAGUGGGUUAUUGCCCACCCCGCCAGCCCGGCGUGGCUUCCGCUGCCGGUCGUGGCGUGGUUGAGUGAUAGGCAGAUCAACUCACCAUUUUCAUCUCCUUGAAUACUACUUGUCUUGGAGUUUGUUGCUCAGAUAUGGUGAUGAAUGUGUACACACAAUGGCGCCUCAUCAACGUCGGGACACUCUUCAUUGGCUAUGGUCUCUAUGUCUUAAACAGAAAGAGUUUUGUCUUCCUUUUACCAGAAAUAAUAAAAGAAGAAGGCCUCAAGAAUAAUGAUCUUGGUACCAUUACAAGUAGUCUAACAUUAGCCUACGCCAUCAGCAAGUUUAUCGGAGGGAUUAUCUCUGAUCAGAUCAGCCCUCGAGCGAUGUUUCCGAUGGGUCUCUUUGUCACCGGUGUUCUCUCGCUACAGUUCUCUGUCUCAACGUCGGUGGAAAGUUUCAUCGUUAUGUCGUUCCUGAUGGGCCUUGCUCAGGGUGUGAGCUGGCCGGGAGUAGCCAAGGUCCUGAAACAGUGGUAUUUGCCAUCGGAGAUCGGUCUAUGGUGGAGCCUGAUAUCAUCUGCUGCUAAUGUCGCAGGGACUCUAGGACCCCUCGGUCUGGCUCUACUUGCCAUCAACUUUGGUUGGAGAGGUGCUAUGCAGUUCUGUGCUGGGAGUGCUAUUGUUGUCGCUGCGACGGCUGGAUUCAUAAUACGAAGCUCACCCACUGAUGUCGGACAGCCAUCUCUACAUGCGAACAGUGAACAAUCAAAGAAUAAUGAUACAACAAAAACAUCUGAAUCAGCGAGUACUUUUGAGAAUCUCAAGUCCAUCCUAACAAGCCCAGCACUCUGGGUUAUAGCUCUACUCUUCAUGAUCAGUAACUUUCUUGUUACCGGGAUGACAGACUGGGGCCAACUCUUCCUGAUACAAGAGAAAGGUCUUAGUCAUACAACAGGAAGCUCAUUUACAAGUGCAUAUUCCCUUGGUGCUACCGUUGGCAGUAUAACAUCAGGAUAUAUUACAGAUAAACUUGUAGCAAAGUAUGGUCGGAGGCGGAGAGGAACAUCACGGUAUCCAUGGUUACUGCUAAUGGUUGCAUUGAAUCUUUUAUCACUCCAUGCCCUGAGAAAUUACAUCGCUCCAGAAACUUACCAGGAGCUUAUACUACUGAUUGGUCUAUGCCUAGGUGUUGCCCAGAAGAGCUGUGUGGCAUUGUUUGGCAUCCUCGCUGUGGAGAACUCUCCCAUUCAUUUAUCAGGGACAGUGCAUGCCUUCGCUGCUUUGGCUUCAAGCGUGGGUGGUGUAUUAGCUGGGCUUCCUCUGACCUACAUCUCACAGCAUUAUUCCUGGUCACACGCUCUCUACUGCAUGGAAUCGGUCUCAUUUAUCAGCCUUUAUCACCAUGCUCCUUAUACGCAGGAUGAACAUGAGAAUUGGCUACCAGUCUCCUAAAAAAUCAGACUAAAUUGGAACCCGCAAGGUCUCUAUAUGGUUACAAUGGCAUUGUUAUUCAUGGAGUGAAGCACAUUCUCAGCCUUAUCAUAAUGCUCCUUAUACACAGGAUGAACCUGAGAAUCGGUUACCAGUCUCCUAAAAAAGCAGACUGAGUUCAAACUCACACGGUUUAUACAUCAUUCUUCAUGGAGUGAGCUGAUUUUUUUAGCUUUUUCUUAAUACUUACAAUAAGCAGGAGGAACAUGAGAAUUGGUUACCAAUCUCCUAAAAAAAAGCAGGCUGAGUUCAAACUCACAGGGUUUAUACAUCAUUAAUCAUUCUUCAUAGAGUGAGCUGAUUUUUUUAUCCUUUUAUUAAAUGCUGACAAUAUGCAGUAUGAACAUGAGAAUUGGUUACCAAUCUACUAAAAAUUCAGACUGAAUUGGGACACAUAACGUUUAUAUAUGGACACAAAUUUUUGAUGGAGUGAAAUCCUUUUCUCGGCCUUGUCAUCAUGCUCCUUAUACGCAGGAUGAACAUGAGAAUUGGCUACCAGUCUCCUAAAAAAUCAGAGUAAAUUGGAGCCUGCAAGGUCCCUCUAUAUGGUUACAAUGGCAUUGUUAUUCGUGGAGUGAAAUCCCAUUUCUCAGCAUUAUCAUCAUGCUCCUUGUACGCAGGAUCAACAUGAGAAUUGGUUACCAGUUUCCUAAAAAACAGAGUUCAAACUCACAGGGUUUAUACAUGUACAUCAAUAAUCAUUCUUCAUGGAGUGAGCUGAUUUUUUUAGCUUUUUCUUAAUGCUUACAAUAAGCAGGAUGAACAUGAGAAUUGGUGACCAAUCUACGAAAAAUUCAGACUGAAUUGGGACACAUUACAUUUAUACAUGGUUACAUAUUAUUCAUGGAGUGAAGUCCAUAUCUCAACCUUAUCAACUGCUUAAAAUAUGCAGGUUGAAUGUGAGAACAGAUGUAAGGUCCACAGUAGAAGCGCUCAAAGAAAACGAGCGAUAUACAGAUGAUGAAGAUGAAUGAAGAAACUAGAAGUAGUAAGUUGUGGAUCCAAAAGUAUAAUUAUGUAGCACAGUAAAUUGAUCGCUACAGCAGAAAAUAAAGCCUCCCAUAUGAAGUCCUUCUACUGAGUGUCCUACCUCUAAAACUGUGGCAAUGUGUUCCAUAAAAACUAUUUCAUUGGUUGGUCAAUAGUUGCUAUGCAAUGAAAACAAGCAUCAAAGGGGAACAAAGAAUAAAAAUUAUUUUAAGUUUGAGGUUUUCACAGUUCAUAGAAAUUUAUAGUAUUUGUUAGUUUGAGGAGGCCGAGGGCUGAAUCACUUUUUAUUAUACAAUGUGCUUCCAAUAUAGAAUCAAGUGCCUUGUUAAUUCUAAUUAUGGGCUUGAAGUGCCAAAACAUUAACAAAAGAAGUUAGUUCCUCAUUCUAUCUUUUUAUUUAUUAAUUUAUUCAUGUGCAUGUAUUUGCUUUUGUUAUAAUAUGUGAUCCAUUCAUUCAAGUAUUCCAAUUUUUUAGGGGUUUCUUAUUCAUUUAUUUUUUAUUAAUUUAAUUUUUUUUUGGGGGGGUAACCAUUCAUUUGAAUUUUAAGAAAGUGUUGCUUUUUUAUAACUUUUUUUCAUCAUGUAAUUCACUUUUGUAAAACUUAAAUUUAUUCAUUAUUUCUCUUUCUAUAUUUAUAUAUUUUACAACUGAUAAUUUUUUUGUUGGUGCUCCCUGCUUAUUCCUGUGGAAAAAAAAUGUUUCUUUUGACCCUACUCAGUGGAGUAGCGAAUCAUGAUGGUGCAAUAAUUACAUAUUUGAUCAAUUUAUUUUUUAAAUAAAAUGAAAUAAUGAACUAGAUAGUGUA